AUGGCUCGUCUUUCCGAUAGAGUGUGGCGCCCUCUGUGGGUGCUGGCAGCACUGUUCGCCGGAAGUAACGGUCAACUAUCAGCAGGGCCAUUGGAUCUGGGUACAGAAGUAUGCGCAUGGAGUUCCCGAGGCCCCUUAUUCCCGCUCCACAACAGCAGCUGUCCCCUCCCCAUCGACGACGACGAGGUGGAGGACGGGGCCAGCUGGGCGCCGUGGAGCUACCCGCCGACCUGCGUCGAGUUCCAGGCGAGGAACCGCCCCGCGGGACGGUCCAAUGACGCGGUCAAGUACUGCGUCUUCACGUCCGUUCCCUUCCGGGGCGGGCACGGGAUCAGCCUCAUCACCACGCCCGAGCUGGCCUCGAGCUUGUCGGUCGGGCUGGACGACUCGGUCGUGCCGCCCGCGAUCAGGGACCACCCGGCCAGCUACCUCUCGCCCCUGGCCGACGAGGCUCUGUUCGAGGUCAAGGAGCUGCCGAACCGGGGACUGGGCUCCGUGGCGAAGCACCGGAUCCGGCAAUGGGACACCAUCCUGGUCGGCUUCCCGGCCAUCCUUGCCCAGAUGGACUUCAUGGACGUGCUGAGCCCGGAACAGAUCCGGGACGUGCUGGCCCCCGCCAUCGGCCAGUUGCCUGAGGAACAGCGGGAGGAGAUCCUGUCGCUGGCUCGCAGCACCGGAGGAGGGAUCAUCCAGGAUAUUCUGCAGACGAAUAUCUUUGGCGUCGAGAUAGAGGGCGUCAUGCACAUGGCGUUGAUCCCCGAAGCAUCGAGGACAAAUCAUGGGUGCCGGCCAAACGCUUUCUGGAGAUUUAACGAGCACACUCUGGCAAUGGAAAUGAUUGCAUUUAGAGACAUUAACCGUGGGGAGGAAAUCACCUUCAGCUACACCCCUCUCGGCCUGACUUACGAAGGACGCAAGAAUGUCCUGGGCGACUGGGGAUUUGAGUGCAAAUGCCCCCUCUGCACCUCGUCGCGGAAGGAAGUGAAGCUCUCGGACGAGCGCAGGGACAGGAUCCACGACAUCCACGGCAUCCUCGCCCAGGAAGAGGGCAUCAGCGGCAAGAAGGUUGCCAAUCUCGCCGACGAGUUAAUGAAGCUCCUUGACCAGGAGUCGCUGUGGCCGCAGCUGGUCGUGUACUACGAAGUCAUCGCCCGGGCCUACAUGGAGGCCAGGGACCUUGAGAAGGCCACCAAGUACGCCGAUAUGUGCGAGAAAGAGUGGAUCAAGUAUGGUGGUCGUGAACACGAGAAUGUCGACGGGGUGCAGCAGCUUUGGCGGGAUCUAGAGAUGGCGAGGUUGGCGGAGUAG